GCCCACUGAUUGGAAUGUCAGACAACAGUUUAAAUCAGCAAUGAUUGUGAGCAAAGCGCUAUCAGACCGAAAUAAGUCAUCUUCUGGAGGCCGAAAUGACCGUGACUUAUCGAGAAGUUUAAAAAUGCAUCCGUUGCUUAACGAUCGUGGAGGACAAUCUGGAAAUGGGGAUUCCCCUAAACAGCUAAACCCAUGGUCUUUUUCAACGGUUACUCUAUGCCCAACAGCCCUCCGUCCAUCGAUAUGCAGUUUCAUUACAAGUAUUGUGUUUGCUAUAACUGGCUUGGUUAUUCUAAUUCUUCAAAUAUGGAGUUACACUGGGUUGGUGUUGGUGGCGGGUGGCGCACUGUCAGCGUUUAUUUCAGUGAUUUGCUUCCUGGUGAAGCAGCGAAAAGUUGCGAAGGAGAUGGCUAAGAAUCUAGAAGCUCCCGUCGACGACAAAGUUGGCCAAAUAACCGAGAUACCGUUCGAUACCAUGAUGUUCCGCGCUCCUACGGUGCUCAAGUACAGAUCGUGCGAAGAAGCGUGGAGCACUCCGUUGGAUCCAGCCCCUAGGAUGCAUAAAGACAGAGCGAAGCGAAAAGAAUAUACUAUCAUUGCACCUUCGUGCGAUUUUAGCAGUAUUGAAAUGGGGAAACCACCCAUUCGAUGUGGUUACAUGCAUGAUAAAAGAGAACGAGACAUGAGGGACCGCGUGUAUUAAGCAACUCUUGAUUGUUUACAAGAAGCACUUUACGUAAUAGCCAGUAACACUUUUUAUUGUCGGUUGUACAUCUAUAUACUGACUGUUAUUAGGAUCAUUAUGGGGCCAUGGGUUGUCCAAAUUCUUAGCCAUAAGGUUACAACAAAACAAAAAUUACUCGCAAGCGGGCGCAAGGUGUAUGAAACAGAACACUCGUGUUGUAACAACUGGUAUUGCCCAGCCACGCGAGGGUAAAUAAGGUAAAUUCAUUUACUCAUUAAAAUAAAUGAUUUUUUUGUUUCUUAGCCAGUAUCAUGUAUAACUCUAUAAUUCCUGUUGUUGCUUAUCUCAUGGGGCGUAUUAUGCAUAAUAUAUUCUACCUCAAACAUGCUA